GAAAUUAUAGAAAUUUGUCACACCUGCGUUUAAAAUUUCUUCAUUUUGUUGACAGAACAUUCAAUUAGGAAAAGAAAAAUAAAAUUGAAUAUUUUUAAUAUUAACAAUUGUUUAGAAAUUAUUUGAUACUGUUUUCUCUACAGUAAAUAAUAUUAAGAAUUUUUGGGAAAAAUACGAUUUCUUUUAAUAAAUUAUUGGCUCGUACGUUUGUUUUUAGUAAAUUUGACAAUUUUAAAAAUCAAUAUUUAAGUAAUGGAUAAAAGAAAAUUAUCGACUUCUGGUGAUUCAUUGUAUCAAAUAUUAGGCCUUCCGAAAACUGCUACUCAAGAUGAAAUAAAAAAAACUUAUAGAAAAUUAGCACUUAAAUAUCACCCUGACAAAAACCCUGAUAAUGUGGAAGCUGCUGAAAAGUUUAAGGAAGUUAAUAGAGCACAUUCAAUUCUUAGCGAUUUAACAAAAAGAAAUAUUUAUGAUAACUAUGGAUCAUUGGGUCUAUACAUAGCAGAGCAGUUUGGUGAAGAAAAUGUAAAUGCAUAUUUCGUUGUGACAUCUCCCGCAGUUAAGGCUUUGUUCCUAUGUUGCGCUGUCAUAACUGGAUGCUGCUGCUGCUGUUGCUGCUGUUGCUGUUGCAAUUUCUGUUGUGGAAAAUAUAAACCAUCGCCCAACAUGGAAAGUACCCGUGAUUAUCAAACAUUAAAUGCUGACGGUGGUAACAGAUGUGACAAUGUAGUCAGUGGUGAUCCACUCAGAAAAGAGGAAUUCGGUGAUGAUGAUUUUCGUGGUGGAGGUGGAGAUGGAUUAACAUCACAAACAAAUCAAAGUGGUGCAGCUUUUGCAAUGCCACCACCAUCAGCAAAUCCAACUAAUCCGUUUACUGGAGCCACCGAGGCAACUUCAUUAAAUACAACGGAACAAACAACUUAUACACCAGAUAUGUACCAAAAAUAUUGAGAAAUAGAAAAGUCAUUGGUAAAAAAAAAUGCAAGACUAUAAAAAUAAUGAUGGAAAACUUGUUAAAAAUGAAAAAAAAAAAUAUUGAACAAAUAAAAAAAUUAUUGAAAAUCUUUAAAAGUUUACAUGCAAAUUACUUGAUAAAUCAAGAAGAUAACAGAAAAAAAAAACAACUAUAUAUACAUACAUAAAAUAUAUUAUAAAACAACAUUUAAUUCCUAAAUUUAUUGAGAAAUUCAAAAAAAAAAUGAAUUCAAAAUGUAUAAAAAAUUCUAUAUAUACAUAUAUAAUAAAAUAAAACUAUAAUUAAAAGGCCGUUUACAUAUGAAUUCAACCCACUACAUCAUUUCUUCACAGUUCACAAAAAAAAAAAAACGGAUUCAAGAAAUAUAUUAUAAUAAUUUAAUAUAGAAUUUAAUAAUAAAAUUCAAUUAAAAUAUAUAAUAUAUUAAAAAAUGUAUAGUUUAAUUUUUAAGACGAAAUUAAAAUUUAUAGUUUUGUUAAUUAAUUUCAUUAUGUAAGUACGAUACAUACAAUAGUAAAUGUAUUCAAGUUUUAUUAUAAAAAAAUUAAAUUAUAAAAAAAAAAAUUAAUUAUAAAUAAAAAAAUAUCCAUAUAUAUGUUACAAUAUUACAUUUAAUAUAAAAGUGUUGGUGAUUGAUUGUAUUUUGUCUUUAAAAAAGAAAAAACAAAUAUAAAAGAAAUAAUGCGUUUCUUUUCUUUUUUUUUUUUAAGAUUAAACUCUAGAAAAUGAAAAGUUAAUAAAGAUUGAAAUGGAAAAACAUCAAUUUUGUAAUUUAAGUACAUUACUUUCAAAUUCUAUAUAAAGUACCUGUUAUACAUCAGGUGUAGUAGUCAAUAAUUAAAUAAACAAUUUUUUUUUCUAUUCUUUCAUAUCAAUUUUUUAAAUUUUUAAAAAGAAUGUUGUAUACUAAACUGUUUAAUAAGUUUAUUUAGAAACUAAUACGGAAUUAAUUUAAUUUUGUGUUCCUUUAAAAAAAUUUUAAGGAAUUGCGUUUGUCCAUAUACAUAUUAUAAAAUUAAUAUUUUUUUCUUAUUUUUUUUUGUAUUAAUAGUUUCCAAGACUAAUAUUUUAUCAUAAACAUUGAAAUUUUCUUGCAAAUAAAUAACAAACAAAACAAGUUGUUUAAAAAAUUCUUUAUAAUAUUAAAUUUAAAUUGAAGGCAUUUUGUUAAAUUAAUAUAGGUAUUCUUUUUAUUUAUUAUCAAUAUUAUUAUUAUUAUUAUUAUUACUAUAUAAUAUACAUAUUAUUUUAUACCAAUUAUGCUAUAAUUUUUUAUAAUUAGCACAGUUAAAUUAUAUGAACCUAUUUUACUUUUAUUGAAUAUUCAAAAAUAUAAUGCAUAUUCAUCAUCAGUAUACAUUUUUGUAUUAUUGCUUUAAUGAAUAUCUCUAAUACUUUUUACAUAUUCUUAUGUUUUUGCAUACUUUUUAUAUUAUGUUUAUUAUUAUUGUAAUUAUUAUUAUUAUUAUUAUUAUUAUUUUAUAAUUAUUAUUGUCAUGAAUAUCUGAUGUAUAAUAAUAAUGAGCUUAUAACAUUCAUAUAAAAUAUAAUAUAUAAAAUAUCUUUAUUUGUUUUUUUUAUUUAAAAUUACACUUUUACUUUUACACACUUCUUCUUUACUACUACAAACUUUUGACUUUUAUGAAAAAAAAAAAUAAAAAAAAAAAUAUGAAAAAAAUUAAUUAAAAAAUAAAAUUGUAAAAAUAAAACAACAAUAAUAAAUUAAUAAUUAAGUAUAACUUAUAUAGAAAAUUUUAAUAAACUGUGUAAACGAAAAGUGUAAUCAAUUAAAAUAUUUAAUAUAAUUAUACAUUAUAAAUAAAAAAAAAAAACAAAAAAAAA